GGCUUCUAUAUAGUAGGUUGGCUGACAGAAAGAAAGUCACUGGUAAGACCAAGACAAGAGUCAAUUGAAGUGUUUGACUCACCUACUUCCUAACUCACUAAAAGCCUAGGCAAAUAAAGUGGAAGGAAGGCCUUGACCAAUACUCCAACAAGUACUAAGGUUGAAAUGAUGGUUGAAAUGAUGAUGGAAGGCAAAGCGGGCAUUGAGGGCUUUGAAAGCUGUGGUAAGGAUACAAGCCAUUUUUCGUGGCAGACAAGUGAGAAAGCAAGUUGCCCUGACACUAAGGUCUAUGAAGGCUCUUGUUCUAGUUCAGGCCCGAAUUAUAUCUCAAUCUGGUCAAUCACAUUUUCAUACUUCAAGAUAUCCAAUCAGGCAGGCUGAGAAACGUUGGUGUAAUAGGCGUGGAACACUGGAGGAACUAAACUCUAUGUUACAAAUGAAGCAAGAUGGUGUUUUCAGAAGGGAGAGAGCAAUGUCAUAUGCCAUUUCUCAAGUGCAACCAAGAACCAGAGUUUCCUCAUAUUCAAGAACAAACAAGAGGGUGACUCUAAACAUGGAUGAUCAUAACAAGGGGCAGGGCUCUAACUGGUUAGUAAUUGAAGAUGGUGAAACUCCUGUUUCCAGAGGUUCAGGACCAACAAGAUCAUUCUCCCAACCACUUGAUCACAACCAGUCAGUGAAGAUCAAGAGAAACUACAUAUCUUCUACACGGGUUUUGGGAAAAGAAUCAAGACUUCAAAAUAUCCUUUUGAUGAUAGAGCAACAACCACAGACUCAUCAUCCAUCUCAACCCCCAAAACUCUGUGAAUGAUCAAGCUAUAUGAAUAUGACUGAGUCUGUCAAGGCAAAAAGUAAACAGAAAGCUUCAAAACAUAGCUCACCAUUCCGUGGACCUACAACUCCGACAAAUGCUGAUAAUGCUAAUCUUUAUUUGUUUCAUACUUGCAAGGAUUUUUAUGUUCUAACGAAGAGUCCGCCCGUGAAGCUAGAAGCAUAGUUUCAACUAGACUAGUUCUUUUGCAUUCCAUGCCUUUUUGUCUAAAAGACUGGGAGUAGUUCAACACCUAGUUGUCACAAAAGAGGGACUUAGUUUUUAGGAUUUUGUUGUGAACACCAGAAGAUUGUUUGCAUGUUGAGAUGGGUUUUUGUAUAUGUUAUACAGUGCUAAGUGGUUUUUGUACAAGAUUUGCAAUCAGUGGAAUGAUUUUUUCUUACUUAACAGUGCUGGAGUGGAUUAAAUUU